UAUGAGACCCAUUUUUCUUUCAUAUUUCAGCAAAUCGACAGUUAGAUGUUUAGAUCUUCAUGAGUAGAUUAUUUAUAUAAAUUUUCAACCAAAUCAAAAAUUGUUAAGACAUUCAUAAUCGUGAUUUAUCAGUUCUGAAAUUGGUAUAUGCUAGCUUGCUUCCUCUGAAUUUUCGAAACCUUCGUGUACUUGAUCGAUUUAGUUCUUAUGGGUUUUGAAGUAGUUCGAUCUGGAUCAGAAUUGUGGGGUUUUAUGGUGAGCUGAUCCGGCGAUUGUGGAUCUUGUUUAAGUGUUUUGUUUCAGUUUGGGUCGUCCAAUUAAGAAGAACUGAGCCUGCUGUUAAACCCGCGAAACGACGACGGGUUCUCGCGUGAAGCGUCACAUAAUGAGGAUUUCAGGCUUUGGAUUAGUUUUGAAGCUUUACGUGAUCAUUGCGAAGUAGCACUAUAUAUUAAAGAUGGAGAAAAUUUGCGAGUUCUGCUUGGCAUCAAGGCCAGUGGUACACUGUAAAGCCGAUGCAGCACAUCUUUGCGUUUCCUGCGAUGCCAAAAUCCACUCAGCUAACGCAAUUGUCAACCGGCACCACCGUACAGUCUUAUGUGAUUCAUGCAACUACCUCUCAGCCUAUGUUCAGUGUCUAGAUCACAACGAUCACCGCAUCAGGCUCAUGUGUCAUUUCUGUGACCAGAGCCAGCAUGAGAUCUCUAGUUCCCGAUUACACCCAAAAAGGCAAUUCUCCGGUUACACAGGUUGCCCUUCUGCUGGGCAGUUUGCAGCAAUGUGGGGUUUCCAGCUGAAUGAUGACAUCACUCUCUCUAUAACCAGUAGUUAUUGUGUGGAACACUUAAAUACUCUUGGCCACCAGAUUCUUCACUUGAAAAGGCUUCAGCUCACUGAUCAGGAAACCAGUAUAAAUAUCGAUUCAAAUUCAGUACAUCAGCUUAUAUAUGGCCAAGAACAAACGAGUCAUCACCUAUCUUCUAACACAUCAAGCACCGUUGGAGUUCCGUUGCAUACAGAAUCAAUUUGGCAAUGGACGAGUCCGGUUCAAAGUACUAGUCAGGUUGAUUCUCAAAAUGUACAAGAUCAGAUCCAGGUCUGCAAGAAACUCACUUGUCCUGAUGAUUCCAAUUUAUCGAAUGCUGAAUGUUUGGCAGUCCUAAACUUUGAAUUAGGAUUACUCGUAGAUGAUGAUGAUGAUAAUAAUCAUGAUGAUGUACCGUUGUCUUAUGCCUCCUCCACCAUGGACGAAUCAAGAGCAGAAGCGUCUAUUCAUAUCAAUGGGUCUUCAUCUUCGUCGACCUCUUCGUCGGUAUUCUGUACAAUUCCAGGCAAUGUGUGUUCCUGCGGCCUCAAGGGUGAAGAACAUUUGGAAGUCAGAGCAAAGGCCAUGAUUAGGUACAAAGAGAAGAAGCGAUCCCGUUCGCAUGCAAAAACAAUUUGAUAUCCAAAUAGGAAAGCAAGAGCUGAUGUACGUAAGCGUGUGAAUGGCCGGUUUGUGUAGGCACAAGAAGCAUGAAGCAAGACGUAGAAUAAGUUCAUCAUAUAUCACACGCAACAAGAUCUUAUACCUUUAGUUGAACUUGAAAUACUAGGAUUUUGCGUGUUAACCAUAUAAUAAUGGGAAAACAUCAACUAAUAAUGCUCAUCAGCAAAGCUUAUAUAAUAAAUUUGAGAAGCAAGUUGCAUUUUUGCAUA